AUGACUAUCAGACGUUACAUGUCACCCGCCGCCACCGAGCCCAAUCUGUUUUCGUACAAACCCAUUGUAUGGCAUACAGAUAACCCUCAAGAGGAAACUCGAUCGCAACCCAGCUUCAGCCACAGACUCCUUAGUCGUAACUACGGUAAUGCUAAUCUCCGAGAUUAUAAGCAAGUGAGAUUCGAUGAAAAACCCACUUUUCAUCACUACAAUCCAGUCUACAUGCAACCCGCCCAAAAUCGGGCUGUCGACGUUACUGGAACCGGUAAGGCUGUAGCUUGGUGGAACAUGAAUGGUUACGAUACCUUUCCUAUCGCCGUUGAAACUUCCGGCCCUUUCGACGAACAAAUCACAACAAUCAUUGAAAGAGGUAGAAAUUCUCCUCAACCUGAACAAGAGAGGCCCGAAAUUGUUAAGAAGAGAUUGUGCUGCGCGACCGUUGUUUUGGCCUAUUGGGUCAGAGCAGGGGCUAAACAUCAAUCAAAUAGGAUUUUACCUGUCGGAGGAUGGUAUCUAGGUGGGAACACUAGUCUCGAAAAAAGACAUUUUUAG